AUGAAGUUGAUUGCUGCGUUAGUUAUAUGCCUAAAAAUCAUCUCUUUGUUUGAAGGUAAGUGAGUUGUCAUUGUUUAAAAAUUACGCGCUGUUUUAUUGUUGAUGCGUUUGGAAAAUGGUACAUAAUUAGAUAGCUUAAUUUUCAUUCUUCCUGCUUACUGGCGAAUUAUCUUGCUUUUGGUAUGGAAAGGGAAUGUUUCAGUGGUGGAUUUUGUUGAAAAGGAGGAGAGAUAUGUGUUGUUGAGAACACCGCUUGUAAUCCAUUUUCCAUGUUUUCUAAGUUUUAAACAUGUUUCAAAAAUUUUAUAUCCUGAUCUAGUCUUCGGGGUCAAAUUUAUGUUAUUUUUCAUUAAUCUGUAAUAUUCUUGAAUUCUUGAAGAUGACAACCUGCAGGAUCGAAGGCCUUGAUGAGAAAAAUAAGCCAAGUAGAAUAACUGAAACUAGCGUUAGGUAAAUAAGACUGUUAGAUAUUGACCUAACAUAAAGAAGGAGGGCAAUAUCUAAUCGUCUAAAACGUGCAGUCAUGCACAUUAUUGUACUCAUUUCAUGAUCAAAUGAUGAAAUCUAAAUGAUCAGAUCCAAACAAACCUGCAAAACUUGAGUUUUUUGAUUGAUCGGAGAAGUACGCAUACUCGAUUUGCGAUCCCAUUUAAUUAAGAUGACAGGGGAGCUUUGUUCUCAUUAUCAUGACCCUUUUCCUGUUAGACUCUGUCGGUUCGACGAUAAGUUCCUGGGAACAUCGUAUUCGAGCGGACCUCCUGAGGAAUUAUGACAGAAAAGUCCGCCCAGUGUUUAAGGGAAAAAGAGAAGCUGAGGUGUUGUUUGCGCUUAGAAUCAGUCGACUUGUGAAAGUGGUAUGCAAAAAUGUUUUUGUUUUCCUUAUCUAUUUGCUUCAUAAAUUAAGAAUUCUGCCUUAAGUUUGUCGAGAGCCGUUUUCAACCGGUUUUCUGAUACAAAUUUUCCUGCCAAUUCUCGAUCACUUGACUACUGUCGAAGAAUAAGAUUUUUGUCGCGAGUUCAAAGCGGGAUAGUUACAUUGACUGGUCCUUAUCAAAAUCAAAUCCAAGAAGGCAAGAAAAAAUCACUUUUAAUUUUACUAUUAGUUAUUUUAGGGGAGAUCACACCAUUGAAACCCUCAGUCGAAGACAUACCAUCAAACAAUUUGUUUGAUUUUAAAAUGAAACACCGUACUUUGUAUGGUUUAGCAGCCCCGUGACUUUAGCCAGUGGUUGGGAGAAUGCGAGAAACGUAUCUGAAUCACUCACCUUCGGCUCGUGAUUCACAAACUUCUUCUCUUUCAAUCCAAGCGCACGUAGCAUCAUGGGUGUUCUAUAAUGAUUCGAGCAGAGGCUAUAUCCCUGCCCAGUAUUUUCGCUUUAUUUAUGUUCUCAUUUGUUUUAUAACAGGAUAAUAAAGAACAAGUAGUGGUUUUAGACACUUGGGUCAUACAGGUAUGGGGACCUCUUGUCUUUGUUUAACUGUUUCUGUUUUUGUUUUAAUGUAAACUCUUAUGGCAUUGAAACAAUCACUUGGGGACUUAAAACAUUCCUGAUCUCGAUAAGUUCCAUAAGGCUCAGCAACACUCUCAUGAUCCCCCUCAUUAGCAGUAAAUUUUCGAUAGUCCCUCCCCUCUCAUACCCUGUUGGUUACGACCAACCCCCCCUGCUUUCCCUUCUGACACCGUGUCAUACCCUCCUCCAAAGUCCUCCUGGUCAGUUUCCAUUACAAGGUAAAAACCCCAAGAAAGUGAAUAAAGAUAUUGUCCAUAAGUGUGUCCAUUUACGUCGGUUUUAUCUCUUGCAGAGUUGGAAAAAUGAAUUCCUAACGUGGAAUUCAAGCAAGUACGGUGACUUACAACGCGUCCAUUUCUCUCCUGAAGAAAUCUGGGUCCCAGAUACGGCACUUUUUAACAAGUAAGUCUAAACAACCCAUUUUUCCAACUUCGUAACUUAGUCUAUCAGUGGAGAGGUAUGUAGGCAUGCUUCACCUUUUCCUCCUGUUAGAGCCAAUUCUCUUAAUUAGCACUCUACAUUGCCAUGUUCCCCGCGCGAAUUCUGGGUAAAGGUAGGCUUUCUAGGAGUGUCUCUCUUGAUGACGUCUCGAAUCACGAUGAGAUCCAGGUUUGACAGAGUAAACUAUGUCACAGCGAUCACCUGGGACGCAGCCAAAUACCAAAUAUUUAAUGAGUGGCACUCUUUAGGAAUUUGGAAUUAGGAAUUUGCAAUUUGUCGAUGAAAAGUCAUACGGAUAUUUUCGCCAGUACUGUAACAGAUUUAAACCACGUCCCAUGACCUUGUCAAUCAGAAGAAGUCAAGAAGUUUCGUUUUGAAAAACCUCUCAAAUAUGCUCCCUAUCGUCCGAAAGCCCUGGAUUUUUUACUUCCCCUCGGGUCUUAGGCUCGAUUACCAGCCCUUGUUCGAGAUAUGAGCUCGCGCUCCUCCUUCUGAAGUUCCUCCUCGGGAGGAUCGAAGACCCGGUUCCGAGAAAAUGGUAGAAAUCGAGCCUAGCCGGGUGCUUUCAUAACGUUUAUGGUAUCUGAUCUGGUUCAGAGUGAUUAGAAAAGCAGCUCUCACAAAUAUAUGUAUUCCUCGUCUGCAGUGGUGAUGACAAAAUCAACCUUGCUGGAGGGCCAACCAAGUUUGUCACAGACGUCAGUGUGAACAAUAAAGGGAAAUGUGUUUGGAGCGGACCAGCUACUUUUAAGGUCAACUGUGAGAUGAAAGUAGAUGAAUGGCCAUUUGACGAACAAACUUGUGAACUAGCAUUUGGUUCGUUCUCUUACGGAAAAAAGCUUCUGAGACUUAAAUUGUUUAAGGAAGAAAGGAGAUUUACAAGUAAGAUUCGUUCAUUAUUUCGGAUCAAGGUCAGUCUCUGAACAACUUCGCACCCACCCCUUCCCUAACCCAACAGUAACCCUAACUUGAUAUCAGUUGAUUGUAGUCAGUAGACUGUUGUUGGGAUAGGGGAAGGGUAGGUGCUCAGUUGCUUAGUUACUGACAUUGAUCCAUUACUUACUUGUAAUGUGAAGAGAACAUGAAAAAUUACCUAAAUGUUUCGAAACAAGGAGAAACAGUUGAUCGUGUAAUCAUUCACUUUGACAAAGAUCAGAGCUAACGAUCGAAACGUCAGCUCUAGAAACUCUUCACGGUGAACAAGUCAUCUUGUAUUAUCCCCACUAAAGAAAUUUUGAUAAAUAUCAGUAUCUGGCAACUGCCCACCUACCCCUUCCCUAACCCAACAACAGUCACUUGUUAACAAGUUAGGGUUAAUGUCUGGUUAGGGGUGGGGUAGGUGGGCGGUUGCCCAGAUACUGACAUUUAUCAAGAAGUUUACCCCCUUCAUUCUCAUAAUCUGAUAGCCUGCAAGGCAAUCGAAUUCUCUUGCGAGCUAGUGUUGAAGCCGCUAUAUUGGAUCCAUUGGUAAGGUGGAGGAAAACGUAGAGCGAACAAACUAGCGAGGAGGUAGGGGGUCGGGAAGAAACAGAGCCAAACUUUCCCCCACGUAAUUCCCAGUGGUUCUGUUCUCACCUCUGCAUAAAGUGAUGUGCCCCCCCUCACCUAAGAGUGGGUCGUUGUUGGUCCUUCCACUGCAUUUUCUUUCGUAAAAAGGAAUAUGGAAUGUCUCUCAGAAAUGACUGCAGAAGUUUAUGACGCCCCUCAUUUUCUGCUGCACAAAAAGGUGUGACCCCUUAACCCUUGUAAUGAAUUACCAGUCCCUAACAAAACAGUAUCAAUGAUAAGGCCAUCUAAGCCGGGUUUGUCCUCUGACAGAUCGUAGAUAAAAAGCAUUCAAAAUGCAGGUAUGAUUCAAUAUGCCAGAACGACUUAAUAAUAAAUCAUAUUUUCGUUUCAGAUCGCUUUGUGAAAAGUGGAGAUUGGGAAAUAACAAACAUCACAGCUAAAAUAUCCGAGACUGAUCACGGGAACUGUUGUCCAUAUAACUUCAGUGAAGUGGUGUACACUCUGGAAAUGAAACGGAAAUAUCUCUACUACAUGUUCUACUUGUUUACUCCGACUGUUCUUCUGACGAUUCUUGCACUCAGCAGCUUCCUGAUCCAUGUUGAAAGCGGCGAACGCAUCGGUUUUGUCACAACCAUCCUGUUAGCCAUGACUGUGUUUCUCCUUCUAAUUCCGUCUUUCCUUCCGGUUACCUCAGAUGGCAUCCCAAUCUUGGGUAUUAACCUUCAGGUUACCAUGAUCUUAAUUGCAGCGGUCCUUUUCGCCAAUAUUUUUGUCCUGAGGGUUUAUUUCAAGGAGGGAACGCCACCAAACUGGAUGGAGAAACUCUGCAGCUUUAAAAAGGGGUCAAGAUUGAGGCGAAUCCAUUUGCCACAGCCAGGUAGCACUUACCCUCUGGCCUUGAAAUCCUCUAUGACGACUGGUAUCGAGGCGUCUGAAUGCACAAGAACCCCAGCAUUUGCACAACCGCUAGAAGUCCAGGAGUUCACGUGGCGGAGGGUGUCUGCCAGAAUGGAUCUCGUGUUCUUCGUACUUUUCAUUGUUGCUUCGUCUAUCGCCUAUGCCUUGACAUUUAGUGGAUAAUUAUGUCAAUGUUAUAACAUUGCUGUUACAUAAAAGUUUUAAGGAGAUUGUUCUAUAAACCAUGUGAAGUUUUAAAAAUUAAUUAUUAAUUAGUUAUUUAAAAUGUAUACGUAAAAUUACAAAUCUGAAACGUUUAUGAAAACACCAAGGGUAACCUGUCCUUUCGAGUUAUCUUCCGAAUGCCAACGUUCGAAUGGAAUUCAGGGUCAUCGUGCGUGUGCGGCCAGGUUACUAAGUUGCUUCAGACGCCACCAUUUUGUUAGGAGGCUUUUCGGAAUCUUAAUAAAAGAUAAGUAACAUCUGUUUGUUCAUGGUUCACCUGAAAAUUUUUCAUGAUUGCUUCUCGAACAUGUCGAUGAAUUAAUCUCUCUGCCAAUUAUGUCGUAGUUUCCAUAUUUAUCCCAACAAUUUUUGCUUGUUAUCGUUUUUCCGUAGGAAAAAACCUCAAAGAGCAGAUUGAAGUCUAAAAAGAUAGCUUUCUUAUCGUAUUGUUAUUUUCCCUUAGCACACACAAAAAAAGAUUUACGUGUAAAGAUAGAUGACUUAAGUCUUUAAAACAAACAACAGAUUCGCGAACGAGAAAUGCAGCAAAAAGUUAUAUAAAUAUAUAACUAUAAAGUAAAAUAUUUUUCCCUAUUUUUUUUUUUAUGUGCUAAGAAAUGGCCAUGUAAAACUUUAGAACAAACUGUGUUUGAUAGUGUAAAUGUUAUUUCUUAAUAGUCAUUUAUAAGAUUAAAUGGAUAUUUGCGUUCUAAAGUAACAUCAUGCAGUUAUGGAUAAGAGUAAAAGAUUAUAGAGUUUUUCGAAAUCAACACGGCCAGUCAGAGGUGAGCCAAAUGACCAAAAGAGCCAAUGAGAGCAUUCAAUGUUAAACAAGCGAACGCCGCGGCAAGUGAGGUUGCUUCUGAUUGGUUGAGACGGUGGUACGAUUUUUCAAGACCAAUCACAAAGCGAAUUAAAGGAAGACCGAAACAAUGCCGAAUUACUUUCGAGAAUCAGUUGAAAAUGGCUUUAAUAGUGCUGUCCGAGAGAGGAGUAUUUUGUAUGUCUUUAUGUUUGAGUUUAUUUCUGAUUAUUUUUAUAGUAACAGUUUCAGCAUUCACGUAUUUAUUCGAAAGAAAGAAAUCGAGAGUUCAUGGCAACCAAAGCCUCUGUAUGAACUUCGCCUCGCUACUAGAGCUUUCAAGUGUUUUUCAACUUUCAUUUGAUCUGCGGAUAACAAUCAGGUGAAGACCUGAUCAUUGCUAGCUGAUGCGAUUUUAGCAUUGGCAGAAAAGAAGUCGAAACAUUAAUUGGUCACCGUUAAGAGUUUCCAGGCUUUCAAACUCUUAACGGUGGCCAAUUUACGUUAUCAUCUUAGUUGUGAUACCAAAUUACCUUGUUAUACUCUCCCACCGACACAGUAUCACAGUUUCUUUAGAAACUAACGUCCAUUAAGGGCUAAUAUCCUAAUGUUUCAGUACUUUGGAAGAAACUGGUAAAUCCGGAUAUUGGUCCGAAAACCCUUGGUGACGACAGAGCUUAAUAACGUCUGCCCAUAUGCUAGGCUUUGGCGCAGAAAACGGAUCUUGAGUCGUUUGCGUGGUUGAUUUUCCAUUCUGUUGCCUCGAGGCGUUGUUUCACUUGGCGCUUUUCUUUUGCAGAACAACCUCAAAAGUCUUUGUACACCCUCUUAGCAUUUUCGAAAAUUAGUUAUCGUCUUAAAAAUGACGACAACAAAAUGCCUCGCUUUUAAAUGUCAGCCCAUUUUAUCCGCGAAUUUCGCUUAAUUUUAAACCUCGCACGCCUCAGCCCGCGUUGUUGACGGCAUACCUGUGGUAUUUAGUUAUUCAGCUCUGCCCUUGGUGACCUUUCGUUGAAAACGUGACUCGGCCCAGUGAUGCAAAUCCAUUAGUGAGAGUUGUAUCGACGUCAUCAUUGUGGAUGUUUACCUACUAUUUUGCAAUAACCUGAUGAUCACACAUCUCAGAAUCACAGAUCACAGAUCACUGACACCGUCUUACCAACAUCCCAGAGAGAAAAUCCGCGUGAUAAUUCAGGUCGUAGCAAGGCGGACAAGUUUUUAAAGCUCAUCAGACAAAUUUCGUGACGAUGAAUCAAAUACUUGCAUCACUAACAAGCGUAGUAUUAUCUUCAAUGUUAACAGGUAAGUGUCUGUGUUCAUUUCGAUCAUUCUUAAGAGCAAACACGUCAUUAAAUGUUUAGAUAUGAAGGGGUGGGAAAUUUUUUUCUAAUCGUACUAUGAUUUGAAAAAUCGGCAAUACUUCUUCAUUUCGCGUGAUCAGAGAUCAAUUUGUCAGUAUUUAUUCAGUUGUUCACUCAUUACAGACUUGCAUGCAAAUGAGUGAAAUGUGAUUGCUUGUAAUUUGAGGAGUAAUGUGUGCUAAAAUCGUGUUUGAGUCCUAAUUACUGCUCACCUUAAUCUGAGGAUUUAUUUGUGUCCGUUAAAUAAAAAGGGAUUCCCUACAGUGGCUUCAACUUCUAUGAAGUGGGCUACAACGUGAUAUUUGAUAUAGCUAAGACUCUGUUAUGCUGUCGCUAGGAACCGAUUUGUUUUGAAUUGUAUUUGUUAAUUAAGCCCCAACACUUAGGUUAAGGAUUUUUAGCUCGUCACGUAGUUUUCUCACAAGGCCUUUUUUGAUUGCUCUACCAGCUAGAGAACUCUCAUGAUCUUUUCUCGCCCCAAGUUCGUUUCUUUCCCAACUUGGGCGUUAAAAAUUUAACUAACCUUUAACAUGUAAUCGUGUAAACUUAAACCGCCAAAGGAACAAUCUACAUUACAAUAGGCAGAAAUUUAAGUAAUAUAAUAAUUGACUUAAUCGCAUACUAAGAGAUAAGAAAUUUUAGUUUUUGGAUUUCGAUGGUUUUCGGUAACAAACAAAGGGAGAAAGGUCCCUCCGAAUUAUGGGACCAUAAACCUUGUUUAACAGGAGUGUGCGUUUUGUUUCUUCACUCCUAAAUAAUUUCAAUGCGCCAGUAAGAUUGAAUCAAAUCAUUUCAGAAUGUUACUUUUGAUACAAACGAUUGUUUUCAAAACAAUCCAGUGUUCAGAAAUGGGGCGAACAAUUAUUAUAGUGUUUGUUACAGCAGGUCCAGAAGGGUUUUCAUUUAAUUUCGCUCUAAGCUUUGAUCCUUUCCGCAGGAUUUAUUCGGUGUAGUAAAAAGUUAUUAGGACCCUCGGUAAAUCUUCCAAAUCUUUUCAAAAUUGACUAAGCCUUGAGUUCGAUUCCUUUAAUGAACUUGUUAUUUUUCUCUGUUCCACGCUGGUGACAAUAAGUGUUUUUUGUGUCUUGCCGCGAGCGUGGGAUAAAGCAAAAAUUCUGAGUUCCCAUGAGAAACCUCCGUUUGGAUUCUGCGCUUCCACCACUGAACCACAAAAACUUAGUGGUAACCUCGGUCACUACCAGGUUCUACGUGUUUCACCUGCAGUAUCUGUUGGGCUGCCUGUGGCUGCCGCUGUGAGAAAUAUUAUGGUAAAGGUUUUGGUUAGAAGAGAGCCCUGUGUGCGUGAAAAGAACUGAAAGUUAUUAUAAUUGUCUUUCAUGCGGUUUAAGUGCGAAUAAAACAGCGUUGUUUGCCUGUCUGGAUUUAGUAUCUUUAGGUACCACGAACAGUUCCUGGGAACAUCACAUUCGAGAAGAUUUGCUCGAGAAUUAUGACCGCAAGGUCCGUCCAGUUUUGAAAGGAAAAAAAGUGGUGGAGGUCUCCUUUGCCUUGAGAGUUAGCAGAUUGGUGAAAGUGGUAAGAAUUAAAUGGUCCUCUUACUCUAUCCCAAAAAAUCGCGCAUAAUCUCUUCCUAUAUCCUUGAAGCAAAUUGUAUUUUUGAACUCGGACGAUUAAUUGCAAAUUUACCCGAGAAAUGGUAAACGAAUUCACUUCAAUGUUGUUGUUUAUCUCGACAUCCUUCACGCUAUCACGUGCCACUCCGCAAAAAAUAUUAUCAAGUGACAUUAUUUUGCAUAAAUUAGAGUGACGUCACAGAACACUAUUAGUGUCAGGUUUGCGUAGACGUUCCCUCGCUUCCGUUACACCUUGGGGCGGAGGGUACGGCUACACUUAGGCUACAAUAGUUUUAGUGUGUUGUUAUAUUAAAUGGAAAACUAGUGUAAUUUCUAAUAAUAAUUAUAUACUUAUUGACUGAGUGGGAGUCGCUGGGUCAUGCUAAGUCAUGACGUCAGUGCACCUCUUUUCCUUCAAGUCAUAACAAGUUUCUAAAACGUUGGCGUACAACAGUGAUUUUGUUUCUUCUCGGUUCAUCGAAGUCAUCAUUAAAUAUCUUUUGGGAAACUCGCGCAAGUUCGACUCCGUCACUGCAGGAUUGAGGAAUAAAAUUAAUCAUGUGUUGUUGUUAUUUUGCAGGAUAAUCAAGAACAACUCGUAGUUUUGGACACCUGGGUUAUACAGGUAACCACUAAACUGCCCUCCCUCUCACUCAACCUUAAAGUUUGAUUCUUUUCGUUGUUGUCAUGCGGUAGGGGCUGCAACUGAUUUUACAUACAGCCUUAUCGUCAGGUGUUUUCCACUCGGUCAAACCUGGAUCCUACUGUAAGCCGGGACAUCGGGAGUGAUUCUCUUAGGGCACAACCCUUUGAUGACUUUUUCGGCCAUUUCACGACUAAUAAUGAAUAUUUUCCGUCGUUUUUAACACGAAUUUUUUUCGGUUAACUUUAUUACGACUAUUGGUUACAAUUUGUCAAUUUUUCCGCCUAACGGGUUUACUUUAUGGUCGUUUUAUGGCUAUCGAUUAAGCCAACUGAGACAUUCGAUCUUUUAAAAGCGUGCUCAGUCUACGAUAUGCAAUGCUCUAAGAAAAUUUGAUUAUGACCUCUGCGUUUUUAAAAGGAUCAGUUGAUGGACAAGAGGCUUGUCCGUUCACUCUCUUUUUUUUUAAGGGGGGGGGGGGAGUUGAGGGUGGUUGGAGAGUAUGGGGAAAGUUUGGAGGUAAUUAGUACUUAAUUAUUCAGCAUGCUCUAUUUGGUUUUCCUGAAAAUAUUGAACGCUGGUAUUUACCUGAGUGAUAGAAAUUUGACAGAACCAUUUGGCAAAUACUUUGCCAACUUUGAAAUAUUUCUUGUCAUUUUCAGAAUUGGAAUAACGAAUUUCUUACGUGGAAUGCAAGUCAAUAUGAUGACGUGGAUCGGGUGCACUUCGAUCCUAGUGAAAUCUGGGUCCCGGACUUAGCCUUGUUUAACAAGUAAGUAUUAUUGUGAACAAAUCUCAGCUUUUUUUUUCAACUCUGUAAAGUUCUUGCCCAAUUGAUGCUUGAUCUCCUUUGUGGGAUUCGUGUUUUAAGACACCCUUUUUGGACUCAACAGAGUAAAGGAGUUUACUGAACGUUUUGAGUCUCAAUCGUGACCUCUUCUGAUAUAAUUUGCUGAAUCCACGAAACAUUCGGGCAAUUGAAAUAAGAGCUUCUUGUUUAAAAUCUUAAGGAUAUUUUUCGUAUGGGUUAGGUUUUAGGUUUUUGUAUUUUGAACACUUAACUGGAAAAAUGAACAUGACUAUUGCGGUCAGCGGUUAUUGCUUACCACAAUAUCGGAAAAAAUUCGGGAAAGACAAAUUGUGGAAAUAAAGAGCUUAUUUUUCUUGCAACUGCAAUGAAGGAGGGUAGAGGAAGGCGACUCAAGAUGCAGUUGGCAUUAAAUAACCUCGCUGAAAGGAGGAGACGAGUUUUGAAUUCGGCUUGCCUUCAAUUAUUGCUCAUUUCCCAAAGGAACAUCACCGUUCCUCGGCGCACACAACUUGUUUUGCAACAAAGUGGCGGGAAAAGCGGGAAAUAUAGGUCCCUCUUGCUUCAAGCGCACGAAAUACACAUGCCUGAGGUGUGUGAACUACUUCUGUAUGCCGCCAGCCAGUAUUUCUUUUUUAGCCGGCGGCAAGUACGAACUGGACGAGAAAUUUUGGUAAGCAAUAACCGCUGACCGCAGAGUCAUGUUCACUUUUCCAAUUAAGUUUGACUUCACUAGGUUUGACGUUUGAAUCAACUGCCGAACUUAAUUAUUUAGAUCGACUCAAAUUGGUGUUGGGUUCGGCACAUGUAAAGUUCGACGUUUGAACCGGACCUAAUUUCUUCCUACAAUAUCAUCCCUGAAUCACACAUCAAGGUCACGAGAUUUAAGAAAAUAAUUACUAGCUAAAUAAGUUCUUGAUUAUUGAACAAAUUCUUCUUGUCAGAGCUUUAGGAAAUGUUUACAGAACAGCAUGGAGAAUACACAUACUGAUGUUGGGAUGUGAAGGGUUAACAUCGUCUCUCGUUUAUAUUUAGUGGCGAUGAUAGAAUUAACUUGGCUGGGGGAACUAGUAAGUUCGUCACCGAUGUCGCUGUGGAUAGCAAAGGAAGAUGUGUUUGGAGCGGACCAGCUACAUUUAAAGUGAACUGCGAGAUGAGGAUUAAUGACUGGCCUUUUGACGAACAAACUUGUCAACUGGCAUUUGGUUCGUACACAUAUGGAAAAAACCUGUUGAAGAUUAGACUUUUCAAGGACAAUAGACAGUUUUCAAGUAAGGAGUUACCUGGUUUAAGUAUCACUUUUUUUCUCUGGUGCUGGCCGGUGCUGCUCAUGGGCGAGGCAAAAGAUUAUCUUCAUCAAGCCCCCUCUUCAGUAGACGCUCCUUGCUAAUAAGGUUCCCUCUCCUCAGUCAAAAGAACCUCUUUCAUAAGCGAAUCCCUCUCUCUUAACCAUUUAACUCCCAAGAUCUCAUGAGUGAUUCUCCUUACUGUCUGCUAUGCAGUUCUUGUGAUGUUAGCUUGGAGAAUUUGGUAUUGGAUCAACUAAUAAUCCCCUAAUUGAUAUUUUUCUUAUUUUCAUCACUUGUCUGCUUGAUGUUGUAUCGAUAAUUUAUGGAGAAAUUCUGUCUUGGUCACUUAUGGGAGUUAAAGGGUUAAAGCCCCUCUCAAAUAGGCCCUCCCUCGUAGCAAGACCCUCAGAUAAGCCCCUUAUCUAAUGAUUCCCCACUCUCUUUAGUAAAACACCUUCUAGAACAAGUCCCCCUCUCUAAGCCCCCUCUUCAAUAAGCCCCCUUCCUAACAAGCCCCCAUUCUAAUAAGCCCCCUCCCUAACCAGCCAUUUCUCUAUCAAAUCCCUUUUCUAAAACGCCCUCUCUCUCAAAUAGGCCCCUUUUAGUAGAAGCCACCUCCCUAUUUACGUAAUUUUAGUCUAUCCAGUAUCAUUUUAACACCAAGCCUCAUGCUGAUGUCUGAUCAACCCUUAUUAUAUCUUACAUGAAGGCAGUUUCCAUAUUCCUGCCGCUGGCAUAUUAGUGAUCAUUAGUUCUUCUCUUCUCUAACCACCCUCUUCAGUUACUCAAGAUUAACAAUAUGACCCUGAGAGUGAUUAGCAUCUAAUUUCUCCUCAUGAUAUCACCUCUGACUCAAAUAUUAGGGUAUCGAGAAUACAAGAAAUGAUCAUCAACUUGAGAAGCUUUUGGUUGUGAAACAUAUAUAUUCUUCUUGUUAGCACCUCAGGAAAUGUAUACAGAACAGUAUGGAGAAUAUGCAUACUGGUGUUAGAGUGUAAAGGGUUAAUGUUUUUUUUUUUUAUUUUCCAGCUCGCUUUGUAAGAAACGGAGAUUGGGACAUAACAAACAUCACACCUAGCAUAAACGAAACUGACCACGGUAACUGUUGUCCGUUCAAAUUCAGCGAAGUGGUGUACACUCUGACGAUGAAACGCAAAUAUCUUUACUACAUGUUCUACGUAUUUAUUCCCUCGGUUCUAUUGACGAUCCUGGCACUCAGCAGCUUCCUGAUUCACGUUGAAAGCGGCGAACGCAUCGGUUUUGUCACAACUAUUCUGUUGGCAAUGACUGUGUUUCUGCUCUUCAUUCCGUCUUUCCUUCCAGUUACCUCGGAGGGCCUCCCAGUCUUGGGAGUGAACCUUCAGGCCACUAUGAUCUUAAUAGCUGUGAUCCUUUUCGCAAACAUCUUUGUCCUAAGAGUAUACUUCUUGGAAGGAACGCCGCCUACAUGGGUCGAAAAAUUUUGCAACUUCUUCAGCCUUAAGAAGGGUCCAGAGGUAAGGAGCCUCACCUCUUCACGCCCCAGUAGUGUUUAUCCUUCAGCCGCGAAGUCCCUCGCAACAACGGCUGGUAUUGAGUUGAAUGACUUCAGUAGAGGAAGCUCGCCAUUGGUUAAACCGUCCUUAGUCCCAGAAUUCACGUGGCGGCGGGUGUCAAUGAAAUUGGAUCAAGUGUUUUUUGUGGUCUUCAUUAUUAUUUCGUCAAUUACGUACGCAGUAACAUUCGCAACUUAAAGAGUCAAUAUCCUUACGUUUUAUUUAACAAAGAGAUUCCUCUUGGCUGCGUGUCUGUUCAGUUUUUGGAACCAAAGGGGAAAAGGAGGUGAUACAAACUGAUGUAAAAAAGAAAAGCGCUUUUCCUAACAUGAAUAAAGCUACCUUAACUAACUUUUCUCUUGAGAAACCUCUUUCGAAUAAUCAUCACCUUAAAACAGUUUUCCCCUCCUCUUUUAGUCCGCAGCUCGAAAUCCUCGGCCGCGUUUUUGUCUCAUCCCGCCUUUCUCCCUUGUUAUGAUCCUGGAACGUUCUGGAUCUUCAACAUCUGAACUAUUUCUUUUUUAUAUAUUUUUCUUAUAUAUUUAUUUUUAUACAAUCAAUGUCCUGUGAUAAUUCCUUCAAAUAAAAUUCACCUGUAAUUUGAAUUAAAGAGUUCAAUUUAUUACCUAUGGCGACCGAAAGACAUUUUUUUUUCUUUUCAACAGAAAAACAAGUUCUCAUUAUUAAUUCUGGUUCGUUCCCUUUUUCGAGUGUUCAGCAUGCUUUGUAUAAGAGGGUGUCCUUUCUUCUCAGGUGUUAGAACGGUAGCACUCAUUUUAAAUGGCAGUGAUAUGAAUAUAUAAUCAGGACCUGCUAACACUUUUUAUUAACAUAACUUUCAACUGAAAAAACAAACUAAAAUCACAUGUACAACAGUCUGAUUUCCGACGAAAAAGCAAUAAUUUUUGUACCAUUCUGAUUGGACACUUCUCUUGAAAUCAGAACUCUCCAGGAAAAGAUUCCAUUAAUUAGAGAAAGCUUUGAAUAUUUUUUAGUUUAAUCGAAUACUUCAUAGAUCCCGGUGAAGGGAUCUGAUAAUCGACUGUUAGGGAAACCAUUUUAAUGAAGAUCUAUUCCCACCGGAUAUUGAUUUCGAAGGUCUUACAGAUUUUGUCAUCAAUGAUAUAAUACAUUGAUAACAAGGCUCUUCAUUGAUUUUUGUUUCAAUUUAUGGUGUUUUCUCGCUCUUGCUGUCUUCUGUCCUUUCUUCAAACUAGUUGACAAAAAUUCCCAUUUAUCAGUUUCUUUUCUUACACUGAGUAAAUAAGAAAUUACAUCCUUUCAAAUUCAAAUUAUAAUUUCAUGAGCUUAUGAUUUGGUAACCGUAUUUAUUUUGCGGCCCAACAAUAACACAGCGGAACAUUUAAUUUUCCUAUGUAAAUAAAAGUCUUGUCUUUCUUUAAAGUACAAUCACGAAGGCUACGUGUUGUUGUGUCUUGCUUUGGUUACCAAGUCAAUUACCCUCUUGAGCGAUCUGGGCGCCAUCAUGCAAAGCACGUUUCUGGAGCUCAAUGACAUGUAAUUUCGACGUCAAUGCUUACAUUAUCAGAUUAUCUAAUCCUAAAGCUUCCUAACUACACCUAACUUGUCCGAAAAUAGCGAACCGCGGAACAUUAAAUGAACAGAAACAUUGCCUUAUGUGAGAGAAACUAGCAACUUGGCGCCUGAUUUGCGACCAUCGUAUCCAAAUCUAUCGUGUAUCGCCAGGGCGAUUUAAUUUGUUCAUAUUUAUUCUGCGAAAAAACAAAUGCCCAAAUAAGUUAUUCAAAAUCUUUGACGUAACGUCAAGAUCUUUGUUUGGUAUUGAAAAAGAAGUUAAUUUGCACAACAAUUUAGCCACUAACGCGAUUAUAAAGUCAUAAGUCCGUGUGCUAAAUUCAGUUCAGCUCUUGAAAAACAUGCAUCAUUGACGCGGUAACACCAGAAUCUCCACCGGAAAUUUUAAAAGGAAAUCCGCGCCCAGAUGUUUUGUUACCUCGUACUAUGGUUUUUGGAAGGACUUUGUGUUAGAGGUAAGUACUUUGGAGUCAUUUCUUUUUCAUCAUAUAUUCCUCUCUGUGUAUUCAGCAGUAUAUGGUUGAAACUUUACGUUCCGCAUAUUUUGUGCAUGGAUCUCUUUCCGUAAGGUUGAUGUCAUAAUUAUUUGAAUGUCAACUUGGAAAACUGUAAAAUUUGUAAUUUUGAUUCAUUUACCAUUUUUAACCGCUGCAACAGAAAUCAAAUUGCACUAUGGUACUUCUUCCGAUAUUUUUUCUCACGUACAAUCAAAGCAUUCGUUCAAAAUUUCAACCGAACUCGCUCAUACCGGUCAAUACUAAGAAAUCGCUUUUUCGUAAAUCGAAUGGUGGAUAAAUUCUGGUUUCUCACUUCGAUUCGACAGACUAACGGUCGGUACCGCCGUACGGCUUUCAUCAUUACGGUAUAUCAGUUUUUUGUCAUCUUCUAUUUCAGUAAUAAUCAACGAAAUGCAUGUUUUACUAAAUCGACAACGUGUUACAAACAAUUCCUUAAAUCUACUCCUUUAGAGGUAGAACCAGGAAUCAAUCAUUAAUGAAGUUAGCUUUGCUUUUGUAGUGCCUCUGCUAGCUAUAGUACACAGCUCUAGAAACGAAAGUGACUCUUGUAUAUUAAACACAUCGAUUUAUUUUGCCAGUCUUUUGUAUUAGUUACCAGUCAUCAUUUUGUCGGCGCUUGAUUCUUUUUUCUGCUGCUGGUGUUUUUUACCUCAAUUAAUAUUUAAAGCAAUCAUUUAAAAAACUGGCCAGUAGUUUUUAAUUCGCCUCGUUGUAACGUUCAUCGUAUGAAUUUGUUGAUUUGGCUUUUAGUAAGCGUGAAGAAGCAACUAAUAAAAAACUUUUUUCAUUUAUAUACAAGUUUUGCUUUUUAUAUUCUGAUAUAUCAAUUUUUAGCCCGCUGAUGUUGAGAAUUCGGGUUGUCACCUCGCACUUUGAUUGUCUCUGAGCGUGCUACAUGGAGUAAGCCAAAUAACGAUUUACAAUUCGGGGGGGGAGAGGGGGAAGGGAUAUUCUGUUGUACCCGUAAAUAAAAAAUUGCGCCUUUGUGCGGCGGCAAACCGUGUUUUGUUUGACCUCAAGACUUCUUAUUUGUAAUCGGGUGAGGUAAGAAUAGGGGUCUGAGAUUUUUCUUUCUUUCUUUAGAAUUUUUUAAUGAGAGGCGCAAUUUUUUGUAGAAAUGAUGUUGAAAACAAAUGAAUAUUUAUAAAGGAAAAGCUGAGGUACUCCAGAAGUACGGGGAUUGGAAAAAUCCCUUCUUAUAUCAACUCAGGUUUUGGAAAAAUUCGAAUUUCGUUGAAUUUAUAAUAAUAAAAAAGGGGAGGACAUUAUACCUUCAACUCCAUGGAAAUUAUUGUACUUUUAUCGCCUGAAAAAUGACUUGUCAUUGAAGAUCGUUCGAUCAUAUUGGUGUAAAAAGUCUCAAAGAAUAUCAUUAAAAGCGUCUCUUGAAUGUUGAACACCUGGUUUGCUUUACAGUGGAUUUACAGCUAAUUUACUUGAUUUACUUGACAACUUGAAUUGUUUCACUAAAUUUUUACAAGCAAUUAGUCUCUAGGUACUACUUGACGUUAUCAAUGUUUACAUCACCUUAUGUAUCUAAAUAUAAAUUUAAUGGGUUGGAAAAAAUUUGACCACUUAAGCAAAUGCGAGACGCUUUCAAGGGAAAAUCGAGAAAUUAUUUCUCGUGUUUAUAUUCCUUUGUCUAUACGCUAAUAGGGUUGAAAAAAAUUCGUAGACCCUCGACAGUACUGUGUUCCGGGUUUGUCCAAUUUCGAGAAUUCUCCCAACACUUGUCUCAGUAAAGACGGGAAAAGAAAUCUAUCCCUUCAAUUCUAUGCAGUAUUUCUCAAAUAUUAGCGCGAACGUAAACAUUAAGCGACUGAUGAGAACGCCUCAAAUAUCUCGAAUUGUUAUAUACCUAGACUUUAACUCAAAAAAACGAUUGGUUGAUUCUCGGUCACGUGCCCCUGAUCAAGUUCAAAUGUAUCCCGAUACGACUGCGCAGUUGUUGCCCACGCACCGAAUACAACAGCACAUGAUUGUUUAAGGGAAAGGCUAAAUAUACAACAAAGCACUUAAUGUAUGGUCCCGAGGGAAACUAGUUAGUUUUGAUUUCCCUCAAGUCCUGAUGUUCCCCUUGACUCCGUCUCGGGAAACAUCAGGGCUCAGGAAAACAAAACUGUUUCCCUCGGGACCAUACAUUAAGUGUAUGUAGUUCCAUUACACAGUUGUAAAUUUCGAGAAAUUAUUAUCAUCAUUAUCGCUAGUACUGGUUAUUGUUAUUAUCAUUACUAUUAUUGCUAUUAUUAUCAUUAUUAUUAUCAUUAUCAUUAUUAUUAUUAUUAUUCAGCAUUUCUUCUUUUUUCCCUUUUUUCAAGUUCAAGAUUUAUGCCGGAAAAACAAUGUUGAUGAUUAUGUUGUGAUACCUUAAUAGAACUUAAUUUCGCUUUUUUUCGCAUUUGUAAAAAAAUCCUCGUGAAAUUUGAACACGCGAAAUCUAAUCCCCAAUAGAAAAUUCAAAUCAAUAUGCAAAAGCAACAACAUAUAUCGGAUAUGUAUCGACAAAUACACAAACUAUAAACUUACUGGUGUAUUCUAUGUUUACAUAUACCGGAUGUGUAUCGACAAAUACACAAACUAUGAACUUACUGGUGAGCUCUAUUUUGAAUCUUCUGUUGUAAAAUGACGUUAAUUUGCAAAUAUUUUGUAAAUGGAUUAGAGAAUGUAGUAAUCAACUUCAUCUGGGUCGCUAGAUUUGUACAAAUUUCUUAGAACAUCUUUGUGUGCAGUGCGCAGUCGUCAAACUUUAUAAAUCGCGAACUUUUUUAUUUGAAAUCGCGAAAAUAAAAUCUCGUAAAAUACUUUCUCGCUUAAAUUGCGAUAUUAGGUACCCGCGAAAUUAAGUACUAAUCAUGUUUAUGUAAUGUCAAAAACACCCUUUUUAGUAAGUGAGGUUUAGAUCUUAACACAGUCCCACUUUUGUUAUUGCUGUUGUUGUUAUUAUCAUCAUUAUUAUUAAUACUAUUUUUAGUAUUAUAAUUUUAAUUGCAUAAUUGUUGUUUUUAUCUUUAUUAUUCUGUUGUAUGCUGAUUUAAGUUCACCUCUCCAUUAAGGCGUUUUAGGAUCAUCAAAUGCCUCAUUGGAACAUCAAAUCCGCAGCGCCCUGCUUAAUAACUAUGACAUGAAUGUCAGGCCAGUAAUAGGGAAAAAAGCCGUAGAAGUGGCGUUUGGUAUGAAGAUUAGCAGACUCGUAAAAGUGGUGAGCUCACUAGAAUGUCUUUUGUUCUCCUGAACCACCAGCUUCAUUGUAGACUGGCUACCAAUUACAUACUACAGAGAUUUCAAGAUUAUUUUACUACGCGCGCCUCAAAGCAGUAAAUGGUAUGCGUCUGAUUAUGUGCUUCAAAGCAGUACAUUGUAUUGCAUCUGAUUAUAAUUUUAAGAUUAUAAGUUUUAAAAUUCCUAUUUAUUUUCCUAAUUUAUUUCGUUCGUUUUAAUUUCUCAUUUUGCAGGACACAAAAGAACAAAUUGUGAUUUUGGACACCUGGGUGAUACAGGUCAGUUCAAACUCAUCAAGUUUUGCCGAUAUUCAAUUUCAGCGAAAAUUGAAAAAGCAUAUCUUUUAAGGGUUUAACACCGCGAUGUCGCAGAAAAAUCAAGAAAUGUCGAAAGGACAAGCCUUCAUUAAAGGCGUCUCAUUGCUAAUACGCGUCUUCGAUUCUGACAGUCUCCUCUUCAUCGUGCUCCAUAUCCAACAUGAAAAUAAAAAUAAUGAUAAUCGCUACAGAACUCUUUGAACUCUUUAUAAUCAACCACCUUCGUCCUCGUUAAAUUUCAAAGUUACGCUGAAUUGGGAAACUAAUCAUCGACUUUUUUCUGGCGCAAGAAGAGCAAACUAGUGCAAUCUCGGACUAGUUUCGACGCUGAAUUGAUAAUUCAGUAAUUUAGCAUUAUCAACUGAGUCGAUAACGUAAAUUGGCCACCGUCAGAGCGACUGCUCUUCGCUUCGCAUUAACGAAGGGCUCAUGCUCGAAACGUCAGCUUUGAAACUCCUUACAGUAGCCAAUUUACGCUAUUAACUCAGUUGAUAAUACUCAAUUACCCUGUUAUACUCUUUCACCGACGCAGCACCACAGUUUCUUUGGAAACUUACCCCCUUGAGAAUUGUGUCAAGAAUGUGUGUAUCGAUCAUCUUAAUACAGAAGUAAGAAAUGAAAAAACCUAUGCUGCUUACACUUUUCAUAUAAAUUUAAUUUGAUUGAUCUUUCAGAGGUGGAAAAAUGAAUUUCUCGUUUGGGACUCGAAAGCCUUUGGAGAUGUAGAGCGUGUGCAGUUUCUCCCGAGUGAGAUCUGGGUACCAGAUAUCUCCCUUUACAACAAGUGAGUGAUGGCAAGUCUUUGUAACAAAAUUAGGGCAACAAAACAAUUAUGAAUCAACAUUAAUCAACACGUAAGUAAUCUUAGAAAGCGGUGCUACUCGCAAAAUAGCAUAUUUGCAACUGUAGCAGUUUUUAACAAAAUGUCGGCAAGUGUGUUUAAGAAUAAGUCUUGUAUACUCCGGAGAAAUUUUUAAAUCUUACCUAUACAGUAACAUUUUAACCUAAAAUGUUUUCUCUUUUUCAACUUAAGCGGAGACGAUAGUACAACUCUGGCUGGAGGAAGAGGGAAAUUUGUCACUGAAGUUUCUGUGGACAACAAAGGGAACUGUGUGUGGAGUGGGCCUGCUACAUUCAAAGCGAACUGUGACUUACAAAUCAUCAGUUGGCCGUUUGACAACCAGACAUGUGAAUUGGGCUUUGGUUCAUAUACAUACGGAGAUGACAGAUUGAAUAUUAAAUUGUUUGUAGACACAUCUGGUGAAUUUACCAGUAAGUAUCUUGAUUGCCGAUGCCUAGAUGGAUUUGUGAACAAAUGGCCUGUCACUUUUUAUGUACAGGGUCGUCUAAAGAGGAUAUGGUAUUAUAUUAACUAUUAAUCCCCUCAUUGAUAUUUUUCUUUAUUCUCAUCACUUUUCUGCUUGAUAUUGUAUUAAUAUUGUAAGGAGAAAUUCUGUCUUGGUCACUCAUAGUUGUUUAAGGGUUAACGCUACACUGAGUGAUUCAGUCCAUCAACAACUUUAAGAUCAAAAGCCGGUUUCUACUGUCUAGAACGAGAAGAAAAAAAAUUACUAGAGUACUGUAAAAAUUUAUAUUUGAAAUUAUGACCAUGUACGUUUUUAGAUUCUAAAGAAGCACCUAACCUCUUCAGAAUUAACCAACUACGCCAUGAUGUUUACUCCUUAGCAAUCUGGCCGUUUUCCUUUCACGUGACAUAGCUUUAAUCCUUUCCCCCUCACUCGGCGAACUCUUUGAAAAAAAUAUUACAGACAACAUCAAGGGCGGAUACAUUGGGAGGGUCCAGAGGUCCGCACCCCCCUUCCACGAUACCAUUAUCAUUGAGUUCCUACAUAAGGAGAGGGUUUCCUUUACUUGCAGGUCGCUUCGUUACAAGUGGUGACUGGAGUAUAAUGAAUAUAACAAAAAGAAUCACUAAGACAAGUCACGGCGACUGUUGUCCAUUUGACUUCAGCGAAGUUGUUUACAGUUUGGAAAUGUCUCGGAAGCCUUUGUUUCAUGUGUUUUACCUCACUAUUCCAAGCACGCUGCUUUUGACUCUGACGCUGACAUCAUUUUUCAUUCCUGUGGAGAGUGGGGAAAGAAUUGGCUUUGUCACUACCAUGCUUCUCGCCAUGACGGUGUUCUUGCUGCUUAUUCCAUCUUUCCUCCCGGAAACAUCAGAUGGCGUCCCAAUCCUCGGCAUUAGUUUGCAGGCCACGUCGAUCAUCAUAGCUUUGGUCCUGUUUGGUAACAUCUUCGUCCUUAAGGUUUUCUUCACGAAUGGUACUCCACCUCAAUGGGUGCGCAACCUCUGCUUGUGUUGGAGGAGGAAAGGAAAAGUUUCCAAACGAGUUGAUGUGAACGGCUCAGACGAGUACCCAGUCCCUUCUGUGAAAUCUCCCCCAUCCCUGAAUGCCAUAGAAUUGUCCACCACAUCCACAAGAGCCACCACAUCACAUGGAUGGGAGGAGAAGGAAGAGCAAAUAACAUGGCAAAAAGUGUCAACUAAACUGGAUCAUUUCUUUUUUACGUUUUUCGUGAUCAUUAGCGCGAUUACCCUUUGCACAGUCUACUUGGUAAAUCAAUAA